GGGAAGACAGAAACAAUGAGUUGGCUCGAUGGGAAGAGGAUUUCCGUGCAGUGGCCUAAAACGAUGUUGAACGAGGUACUACAGCUAUUAUUGACGUACAUGUCACUGAUUUGGACUGUGCCUCUUACCGCAACAAAGAUCCCGUCAAAGUUUUAACCCAACAAGAACGCGACAAAAUUUCCAAAUAUAAAGAAGCGUGCGAGUCCAAUCGCGCUUCCUUCCACCCCUUUGUUGUUUCAGUGGAUGGCAUGCUUGCCCCUCAAGCCAAGACUCUCUUACAACGCCUUGCUUCUGCUACUGCCUCCAAAACUCAAUUUUCCUACUCUCAAAUGAUGUUCUUCAUGCAGACCCGUAUCUCAAUUGCCCUUGUGAAAGCUACCCAUUUAUGUCUCCGUGGAUCCCGCAAAGCCAAACCCUUUGCCCCCCGUACUGGUCCUCAAUUUCUUGCCCCUGAUCCCUCAGAACCUAGUCCUGAAUUUCGACUGUUCUUUGCUUAAGCCUGGCCCCCGGCUGGCUUCCGUAGAUAAUUUCCCUACUCUAAACCCCCUUAUAUAUGUUGGGUGGUGGCGGUGACUGCAUUCACGAGUUAAAGGAACUUCGAAGAAUGUUAAGCCUUCACCCUGACCACGAAGACCUUGCAAGACGAGGGUCAUCAAAGGAAGACCUCCAGGCUGGAGGGCGAGGAUCUGCAGGUCCCUUUCUCCUUUGCUCACAACCGCCAACUAAGAAAAACUAAAUAACCCUCAGAAGUCAACAUAGAUAGACAAGAAGAUGAUGGGCUCUUCUUCACCAACAUCAGCAUCGGCAUCAGCAUCAUCAUCAGCUGCUCCCUCUGGAGUGUUUGUGAGUAUGAGACAAGUGAGACUAAUACUGGCCCUGGUAGCACUAGCUUUGGUGUUUCAGCAGUCCAAGACUUCCUUGGCAUCCGAAGCCUACUUUUCUCAAGCCAUGGAUUCUAUACAUGUACAAUCUCAGGAAAUUGCAGAUGGCACUGCUGCUGCUGUUUCUACUGGAUCUAGAAGAGCCACAAAACAAGAGGAAGCGGAUGAAGAAAGUAAAGAUGCUUCUGGAAUCUUGGACUUCCAGUUCAAACCAAAUUUGCUAAGUCCAACUCCAAAGACAAACCAACCUUCCAUUUCUGCUCAUCAGGGCCAAAGAUUCAAUUUGACUGCUGCAAAACUCAAACAUCCAGAACAUGAAAAUGCAGACAUUUCAGAGAAUGGUGAAGAAACUACUCCAACAAAAUCCACUGCAGCUUCAGAAACUUCAGUGGCAUCCACAGCCAUAGAGAAAGCAUCCAAACCAUCAGGUUGUUACCCCAUCAUUCAGAGAAUGCAUGAGUGGAAUGAUUGUUGGAGGCAGCAUGCCAUGAGAAUACAGCAUAAUGAGAACGCACCCAUUGAAAAGAUGAUGUGUGCUAUACAUGACCGCGACAACAAUAUUGCAAAAGAAACCAUUGGAGCUCCCCUUUACCACAUCGCAUUAUACAAGGGACAAGGAUUUGGGAGGCUCAUACAACACACUGUGGAAGCAUGUGCUGUGGCCUUUCUACUCAAGAGACCCUGUCUCAUCAACAUGUCACCCAGAGAUCCACACUUCACAUGGAGAUCAUUCAUUCAACAAAACACAUACAACUGGGAUACAUCACUCCUACACAACACUUUUCCAAAAAUCAGAGAUCAGCUCGAGCAAUUGGCACAACUAUUGCCACACACUGGAGCUGGAAGUUGGGGAUCAGAACAAGUCGUGUGGAAUUUUACACAUCAUGGCGAUUCACUUGCUUUUGAUUCCCCCGUUUUGCCCAUGCAACACAAAGUGAAUAGAGUCAACUACACCAUGGACAUGCAAUACUACACCGUUCCAUCUCAACGACAAGUUCUACUCUCGCCCAACUGGGCCGAUGCGUGGUUUACACGUGUUCCCAUGAAAACAUUGUAUGAAAAACAAUACCACUGCAACUUUGAGACGCUCAAAACGCUCCUUCAAAAUGCCAUGUAUGGGCCCACCGAUUUGGCGCUGCAACUGCAUCAAAGCAAAUUCGACGGGGCGCUCGACAGUGGCAAGUGGGAACGGAGUAGCAAAGAAGCAACGACCGAGCUCAAACAGAGUUUCCUUGUGCCUCAUACACUGGUCGCUGACGAUGCUAGCCAGAAUCUCCGCAAGAACUUUGGCAGUGUUCAUGUUCGCGUCCAUUUCCUCAAUGAAAAACGAAAAACGCCCAUUGACAAGGGAGAAAUCGUCACCAUGAUUCGACGAUGUCUCUUGAAGACCAAGCAAAUGAUUGACAAAAACAAAAAAUCAAAAACGCUGUCGCUCCCCGAUAAUUGGUGGCUCUUGGCGGAUGACCCCAACAUAGCAGUGGAAACAAUGGGGGGAAUGGGACGACGACAACGAUCACAAGAAAAGAAGGAAUUUACCAACAAUCCACUUUUCAAUCAAUCCAUACCACUCGUCAAAUGGUAUCACAAUUACACCUUUACGGAAGACUAUGCUGCUCAAAAAGCAGGCGAAUCCGUACCCCCCAAACGUUUCAAGGAAUUCUCCUCGAAACACAGCAUGAGCCCGGCCGCACGAGGAUUGUUUGGCCAUGCCAACAUGGCCGGAGCCAUUCAGGAUUGGAUGGCAUUGGCGGAAAGUCAAAUUGCCAUCGUCGUCUCUGCUGGGUCGUUUGGGGCCACGGGGGCGCGAGGAAAUGGAAAAGUUCCACGAGCCUACUGCGGUGGACCUGAAUCCACAAAAGGAGGCAUGGAAAGGAAUCACUUUCAAAUAUUUUAUUGAUUGGAUUGAAUCAUUCAAAAAAUUGUAGAGUGGCUGAACACACGCGGACUCUUGCUUGGCGUCAACUUUUUCUUGACCGUAGUUCGAAUGCCACCUGUAGACAAGAGCGCAUAGUCCAGUCGCAGCUUCUGCUUUCCCGAAUCGAUACUAAUCUACACAAAGAAACAGCGUCCUUCUACUAAUUAAGAACUUCUCAUUGAAUGGAGGCUAGAGUUCCCAAGGGACCUCUGUUUGCGUCAUGCAGUUCACCUGGUGCACAAGACGCAUUCUCCCAUGAAGACACGUAUGAGACCAGAACCGCCGUACUAGCCCUAUUCGAGCCCCAAGGCAGCGGCCACAUUCAUGCGCCCUUUUCCAAAGUAGGGAUCGUUUCCGUUGUCUCCUAGGUCGUCCGCAGAGUUCUGAAUGAUGGCUUUGACUCGUCUUGGAUUUUGUCCAACAUCUUCAACAAUCAGAGCCGCCAUGGCUGCAACAUGAGGGGAGGCCAUGCUAGUUCCCAAGAGACCGAGCAUAAACCAUCCGGAACGACACCCGCUGAUAACCAAGCUUGUCUGGGAACAAAGGGCCCACACUCGUUCGUCAAGUCCCAAACCUCCACCGGGCGCAGCAACUUCGAUUGCAGAGUUGCCAAAGUUGGUGUAGUAAGCAGGCUCGUCGUUGACGCUCGUGGCAGAGACGCACAUGGAUUCCUUCAGAUGGCUUUGGGUUACGAGAUACCGAUAACGAUACAUGUACGUACGCGGCAUAUAGAUUGUCUAACCAAACGAACGAUCUCGAUCUCUCAAGGUCCACGCGACCCGCCAAGUCUGGAUUGUCGUAUGCACC